GUGAAAGUCAAGUCAAGACUUUACAAGAUAUAAAACAUUUUUGUAACAAUGGCAGGAAAAUUUGUAGUUUUUAUUACUGCUUUGGCUAUGGCCAAUGCUGUACCUAUAUGGGUUAUUGCUCCAAGAAACGACCCCAACAUUGGCCAAGCUCCAAGCCUAGCCUACGGCUUUGGCAGUGGCUUCAGCAGUGACGUCGCCGGCGUCAAGCACUCGACCAGUAUCGGGUCUUCCUUCUCCUCCGGCGAUGCGACCGCCUACGGCCAAGGCAUCAGCGGCACUGGCAACUCCUACGCACGAGGAGUCGGCGCUGCUAACAUAGCCCCGACUUACUACACCCAACCGAAAACAAAUGACUACGGUUACGGACAGUAUUACAACCCAGCAUUACCAUCAGCUCAAGCAUACAACUCUCCUCAAUACGGAACAGCAUUAAGGCAGAAUAUUCCACAAUACCAACCCCAAUAUCAUGGUUACCGUGCUGCAGUAACGAACGCUGUAGACAACGGUCAGUACAGAACAGCGCUGUCUUCUGCCCAGAACGUAGAAGGUCAGAACUUCGAGUCAGCUGUAUCAGCCACCCAGCAAGGCCAAGGGUACAACUCUGCUAUAUCCAAUGCUCAGUCGUUGAAUGCUGGUGGUUUGCGAUCGGCGACGGCGGCGUCAGAAGAUGUCAAUGGCUAUAAGGCCAGUACUGCUCAUGCUGUGCAUCAGAAUGGCGGGACCCUUUAUAACAGUGGAGCCACCACCAUCAACGGACCUGGUAUACAAGCUGCUCAGUCGCACGCUAUUAGCUAUUUCUAAAUUAGUACUCAAUAAGUACACUUUGUUAGACAACUCUAUCGUUGUGUGGACUGGAUCAAUGAAGUAAAAAUAUAGAGACGACUAAUUAAAAUACUUGUCUCUUAUAUUUACUCACUAAACAAAUGUA